GUCAUUUGUUAAGUGAGUGUUGUCUUAUUAAUUAAACAUAAUGGCAGAUGAAGUGCCAAAGGAAGAAAAAUCUGCAAAGAAGUCAGCACAGUCUGAUAAUAAAGUGGAAGUUGUCUUGGACUAUGAAGCCCUAAAGCAUUUGGAUAUUGCAAAAGAUCAACUAAAAAUGUUAAAACAAAUUUUUGAUUCAUUUGAUCUGGAGAAAGUAGGCGAAAUUGGUGUAGAUAUGAUUGGUCAGAUCUUAGACAUGUUGGGUCACCAGUUGAGUCCUGAUGAACUGAGUAAAAUCAUCAAAGAAAUUGAUGAAGAUGGAAAUGGAGUAAUGAGCUUUGAAGAGUUUGCUCAUUUGGCGGCACGGUUCCUAGUUGAAGAGGAGGAAGACGUUGAAGCUAUUUUAAGGGAAUUAAAAGAUGCUUUUAGGCUGUAUGAUAGAGAAGGUUUGGGUUACAUAACAGUAGAUUUGCUUCGUGAUAUUUUAAAGGAGUUAGAUGACAAGCUAACCCCAUCGGACUUAAACGAAAUGAUUAAGGAAAUUGACACUGAUAAUUCAGGAACUGUUGAUUGGGAAGAAUUCAAAGCUAUGAUGAUUGGCUAAACAAAAAGUACUUAGUUUUUAAGUUAUGUAGAAUUAAGACUGAAAAUAUGUAUUUUUUCAUUCAGAAAUAAAUCUAUCGAGAACUGUAUUGCCUAA